GUAUAAGGCACCGACUGCGACCACCAGCUGCACCUGCACCGCCCUCGGCGUCUACGUGUCUACCCAUCCAGGCCUCAUUUUCGCUCGUUGUACUCCGUAUUUUCCUUCUUUAUAUAUCCUGCACACGUGGUCAUCGCGACCGUCCUACCUCGAUCCAUAUACUUCCUUGAUGUUGUAUGACCAUUCCAUACGGAGUACACUCUCGUGCUAUCUCAGCUGCACUUCCCCGGCUGCCCCACCAAUCCACUGAGCCCGUCAGCUUCCGAACGACGCCCUUGGCCGUAAUACGAACACUUUCCGCCUGAGCGGGCUGAUUGUGAAAAACACGAGAUAACUACUGGAGUGAAGAAGUGGAAAGUAAUAAAUAUAUAUCAAAGAACACAAGAUGCCUUUUGGAAUCAACAAUCCACUGCCCUCUUCUAUGAGGAGCGAAUGCAAAAAGGCUGGCAAGAUUCUAGCAUCCUUUGUUGAUCCCAGACAGAGCUUUGGUCCAGACAAAGUCAUACCUCCGUCGAUUCUAGCGAAUGCCAAGGGCCUUGCGGUUCUCACAGUCUUCAAGGCUGGCUUCCUCGGAUCAGGUCGACUCGGCUCCGGUAUCGUCGUCGCUAGACUCGCAGAUGGCUCGUGGUCAGCUCCUUCUGCCAUCGCGACCGCCGGUGGUGGCUUCGGAGGUCAGAUUGGUUUCGAACUAACCGAUUUCGUCUUCAUCCUUAACGAUGCCGCCGCCGUUCGAACCUUCGCACAGGCAGCUUCGGUCACUCUCGGUGGAAAUGUCAGUAUCGCAGCCGGCCCAGUCGGUCGCAACGCAGAAGCGGCAGGCGCAGCUAGUCUGAAGGGCGUGGCCGGCAUUUUUGCGUACAGCAAGACGAAAGGAUUGUUCGCCGGUGUGAGUCUGGAAGGCAGUGUCCUGAUUGAGAGAAGAGAUGCGAAUGAGAAGAUGUACGGCGGCCGGAUAACAGCAAAACAACUCCUCGAGGGUGGCGUCAGACCACCUCCGUCUGCAGACCCGCUGAUGAGGGUUCUAAACACUCGCGUCUUCUCGGGCGCAGCAGCCUCGGAUGGCAUGUACAAUGACAUGCCUAUAUAUGACGACCAGCAUGAUGAUCUGGUGUGGGAAGGACGGACGGGGUCGGGCUAUGGAGCCAAUGUCCGCAAUAACCGAUCAUCAACAAUUGGAUCUCGAGACGACAAUUACGAGUAUCACGACAACCCUCGGCGAGCAAAUACCUGGGACGAUUAUAACUCGCCUUCUCGAGAAAGCAAUGGAUUCGGCAACAGAAGUCGAUCGAGCACCAUGAACAAUGAUUACGUAUAUUCUGACAAUAAACCCACCCGACCUACAGCGCCGAAACCCGUCUUCAGACAGCGAACAGGAUCAAUCGGUCCCAAUCAAGCGGUCGCUUUGUUCACGUUUGAAGCCGAGCAAAAGGAUGAUCUCGGCUUCCGGAAGGGCGACGUCAUCACCAUCACGGAGCGGACGAAAAGCAAAGAGGACUGGUGGAGGGGAAGGACUGCAGAUGGUCGAGAAGGCAUGUUCCCUUCGAAUUAUGUCGAGACAGCUACAUGAAGAGAUGUAGGCGGGAUUGAUGUGACGAGGUAGCAUUGAUACCCAUUCUCGUUUCGGUUUGAGGUUUUGUCACGAUCAUUCAGCCACGGCGUCCUGCAGUUUGUUUUCUUGCCGAGCAACAUGUUUUUCACGGCGCAGAGUGAUACAUUUUUAUAAAAGAACGUUCCAGUUUUUGAAGACGGCGUUCUAGCAUUUUACACACGUAGCUGUUGUUUUGCAAAGAGAAAAGGGAGUCAUUCACUUAUCUGAAUUAUAUAGAUGACACCCUAUGUACGGAGUGCCGCCUUCCCAA